AGAAAAAAAUAGAUAGCAGAAAAGCUUAAGUCACUCUAAGAAAGAGAAGAGAGAUAGAGAGAGCUUUUUCAAUUCCAAGUCAAACACAAAUAAAAGGCACCACCUUUCCCUUGGACCCCUUUGUAAUAACAAAUCAAGAACCUCUUCCAAUGGAUCCGCCGCCUCUCCCACCACUUCCGGCCACGGCCGCUGCCGCCACGGCCGCCACGCAACUCGGCUACUCCGAUUCACUGGACUCCUCCCCCCGAUCCCGAAAAGCCGACUCUUCUUGGGACGCCGAGCCUCUCCCUCAGGUCCCCGGCGCCAAGCUCCGCCUCAUGUGCAGCUACGGCGGCCACAUCCUCCCCCGCCCGCACGACAAGUCGCUCUGCUACGUCGGCGGCGAGACUCGCAUUGUCGUCGCCGACCGCCACUCCUCCCUCUCCGACCUCUGCUCCCGCCUCUCCCGUACUCUCCUCAACGGCCGUCCUUUCUCUCUCAAGUACCAGCUCCCGACGGAGGAACUCGACUCCCUCAUCUCCGUCACCACCGACGAGGAUCUCGACAACAUGGUGGAGGAGUACGACCGCACCUCCUCCUCCGCCUCGCCGUUGAAGCCGUCGUCGCGGCUCCGCCUCUUUCUCUUCUUCGGCAAACCGGAGACGGCGGCGUCCAUGGGGGCCUUGCUCGACGACGCCAAGUCCGAGUCGUGGUUCGUCGACGCGCUCAACGGCUCGGGUCUGAUGCCGCGAAACCUCUCCGACUCGGCGGCCACCAUGGACUGCUUGUUGACCGGCGGGAGUGAUUCUUGCAACGACCUGGAGGCGGCGGCGAGUCAAGGCGACUUCUUUGGGGAUCAUAACAGUGGAAAACCUAGUGCGGUGGUUCAAGAAGUGCAUUCGAUUUCGGAAUCGGCGUUUGUGGAGAGCAAUACGUCGUCGUCUGGGUCGUCUUCUUCGUCGCCUUGCUUGUCGAAUUUGCCGCCAAUUAGGGUUAGAAUGGACGGAAAUGUGGCCGGAGUAGUGCAGGGUCAGAAGCCGGCUGGGAUUGAGGAGCAGUUUGCUCAGACAAGCUUUGCUGCUGCACCAACAAUGGUGGCUGCUGCUGGUUCUGGAGCUUUGAGUACUAAUCCUAUGGCUGUGAACUCAGGAGGAGGUGAAACUAUGAACAGGAUCAACUCGGAGGAUGAUAUUUCGGGUCAGAAUGUGCCUGUAGGGUUUCGAAAGCCGCCUUUGCCGAUGCCAUUGCAGCCGCAGCAUUUUAAGCAGGGUGGUGGAGGUGGAGGUUAUAGCUUGCCUUCACCGGAUUCGGUUGCAAGUGAUAGUAGCAUUGCGUCUGCAAACUCUCUGUCGAAACCAAUGUACUAUCAAGAGCAAGUUCAAGUUGCAGCUAGAGAUGGCAGAGCUCCUGUUAGCCCGAAUACAACAAGUGAUGCUUCGGAUCAGGGUUCCCGAAACCAAGCUCAGGAUUCAGGGUACAGUGUGCCUCCGCAAUUAGAUCAACAACAGCAAAAUCAGCUUCAGCAACAACAGCAGCAGCAACAACAACUGCUACAGCAGCAGCAGCAGCAACAGCAACAACAGCUCCAACAGCAGCAUCUCCAGCAGCAGCAACAGCAGCAGCAACAAUUUGUCCAUGCAAGCACUCAAUAUAUGAAUAUCCAGCACCCUGCUACUGGUCAAGUGCCAGUGUCACCGUACUACACAAUGUAUGCUCCACCAUCGCAGCAGCAACAGCUUCAUCACCAAAUUGAUCAUCAGCAGCAAUAUCCAGUCUAUUUGAUGCCUGUUGCACAGUCGCAACAACCAUACAAAAUGGCUCUGCAGUCUACAAUAGCUGAUCCAGCUGGUGUUGCCUCGACGACCCGCAUUACAUCCCAAAACCCUGCUGCUUACAAGGACGGUAUCCCACCCAUUUAUCCCCCAAAGACAGCUUCACCUGCUAUGCCUGAAAUGACUCAAAGUGUUUACCAGACCUCUGUGACACCAACUCCUCAAUUAGUCCAAAUCCCUUCCAACCAUUAUCAGCAGCAAUUUGUUGGUUACUCUCAAAUGCAUCAUCCUUCUCAGUCCAUUGCUGUUCCUUCCUCUGCGACAGCACCCAACUAUGCUUACGAAUAUGCCAAUCCUUCACAUGAACAAGUAUACUACACCCAGCAUCAAGCAGCCCCAUUGCCUUCCCAAUAUCAAUCCAUGACUCCAGCAGCCGCCGCCGCAGCAGUAGCAAUGUCAGAUGAAUCAAAGCAGGUAGCCGCAUACUCAGCAGCAGAUCAAAGCCACACACAAUCAUAACUUGUUAGGCAAGAAAUCAAAACAAAAAAAGUGGUUGGUUAAAGUUGGAUGUUCAUUUUACCUUAAUUACAUAUGCACUCUUCUUGAUGGUUAUUAUAUAUAGACUUUGCUAAUUGCUCAUAUGCAUAGGAUUUUAUAAUAAAGAACAGAUUUUCUUUUUCUGUC